AUGGGUGCCUCGGUCUCCAAAGUCUCCAUCUCCAAGGUGCUGCACCACAAGGCCGCGGGCUUUGCCGCCGCCAAUGGCAAGAAGGUGGAGCAGCCGUCCAUGCUGUCGCAGUCUCCCAUUGACAUCGUCGAGAACCCGACGGAUGAGCUGGAGACGCUGAGCUCGGCCGAGACUUCGCUGCAGCUGGGCUCGGCCUCGGCCGAGAUCCAGUUGGUGCACGGCGGCGACAACUUCCAGGUCAACUGGAGCGACCACGACCAGAACUUCCUCGUGCUCAACGGCAAGAAGUACUACACGGUGCAGUUCCACUUCCACGCGCCCAGCGAGCACACGGUGAACGGCAGGGCCAAGGCCAUGGAGCUGCACCUGGUGCACCAGGCGGAGGACGGCUCCCUGGCCGUGGUGGGCGUCUUCUUCACGGAAGGCAAGGAGAACACCUUCCUGUCCCAGUUCUGGAACGAGAUCUCGACGCUCAAGGUCGACAAGCACGACCACGUGGCGCUGGGCAAGAUCACCGGCGGCGAGGAGCUCAACGCGCUGCUGGAGGGCAAGAUCUUCCGCUACACGGGCUCGCUCACCACUCCGCCGUACUCGGAGGGGGUCGAGUGGGUCGUCGUGAGCGACAUGCUCGAGGCCUCCCCGGAGCAGCUCGAGCUCUACCGCAACUUCCUGCCGAGCCCCAACGCCCGAGACACGCAGAAGCUCAACGGCCGCAAGGUGUCGCCCUGCCAGUGCUCCAACGUGAUCCCCAUCGGCGCCUAACUUAAAGCAGCCAGGCCGUCGUCUAUCCUAUUUGUCCUGAGACCGUACCACAAAACCAGAUAGUCCAAUAGCUCAACAAUACAUUACAAUUUCCCGUCGU